AUGUCAAAAGAGACAAAGCUCGGCGAAGCUAGCGCCGGUCUACUUCAUGCCCUGACGCCUGAAGGUUCGGGAAGACUAGACGAAGACUGGCGACGAGUCGUUGGUGUCUUAUGGAGCAUGCACCACGAUGUCCAACAUUACAAGCCGGUCCCUGCGCGAUCUGCUUGGGCAAUGAAGCCGCACCAGGGUCUCAGCGACCACCGAGUCGCCUUGACGCAAGAUGCGAUUCGUCAGAGCAAGAGCAAGCGUCGGGCGGACCGAUCUGGUCUUGAGAUGAGGUUGGUGACCCGAGGCUUGGGCCUUGAGCCUUGA